ACACACGGAUGCUGAUUUGUAUCCGUCCGAUCAAUCUCCAACGCCUUCAUCAGCACGCUAUAUAUAUCCCUAUCAUUCCUAACAAUUUGAACCUUUGCAUUCUAUUCAUUCAAGAUUCAGCAAGUGCGUUUCGGAAGCAGAGACCGAAAUACUUCGAGAUGGCCCGUACAAAGCAAACUGCUCGUAAGUCAACUGGAGGAAAAGCUCCCAGGAAGCAGCUUGCAACCAAGGCUGCACGUAAGUCUGCUCCAACAACUGGUGGUGUGAAGAAGCCUCAUCGUUAUCGCCCUGGAACUGUUGCUCUUCGUGAGAUUAGGAAAUACCAGAAGAGCACUGAGCUCCUAAUCAGGAAGCUUCCUUUCCAGAGGUUGGUUCGUGAAAUUGCCCAGGAUUUCAAGACUGAUCUGCGUUUCCAGAGCCAUGCUGUGCUUGCAUUGCAAGAGGCUGCUGAGGCAUACCUUGUUGGGCUCUUUGAGGACACUAACUUGUGUGCCAUUCACGCCAAGCGUGUGACUAUUAUGCCCAAGGAUAUUCAGCUGGCAAGAAGGAUUCGUGGUGAGCGUGCUUGAGUUGGUGCGUUCUGUGUUUGUGAAGAUGGAUUGUUGGUGGCUGCGGAUGGUGUUUUGUUACUAAGUUUUCUUUUUGUUGAAGCCUAUAGGUUAUUAGGGAAAAAUAGGUGUUUACUUGGUAGUCAUAUUAAUUGUCAUUGGCAAAUACUGCCUAAGACACUGUGAAGGUCUGGUUGUUAGAAAUUUGGCAUGUAUUUGAUUUUUUUGGAUCCUUUAUUUCUCGUUUUAUUUCUGGUUGUGCAGCCACUUUGGGAAUUGUAUUGGACAACUUUCUGUUGCCGUCUAAUCUAGUUGAAGCUAGCUUAUCGUGUCUGUUUGUUCU